ACUUCCUCUCUCUCUCUCUCCCUCUUAGUCAUGGAAAAUCAACACCGCCGUGAAUUCACAUUCCUACGCUCCCGCGACUUUCUCCGCCACAGCAAUCCCGGUGGCCCCGAUCGCACGAGUGAGAAUUCCAUGGAGCAAAGCCAGCCGUUGAUCAAAGAAAUGGAUUUCUUUUCGGGUACUAGUAGUAGUACCAACAAAACCAAUCACCACCACCCACACGAUGAUGAGCAGCACCAUGACACGAAGAUAAUUAACGGGUCAUCAACUCAUCAAGUAUCCGAUCCGGCUGUCAACACCGGAUUGCAUCUGAGAACAGUAAAUUCUGGGAUGUCAAGAUCAGGAAAUGAAGAAAAACCCUAUACGGAGCUGAUUACACUUCGGGAGGAGUUGGACAGACUACACCAAGAUAAUCGGAAACUAAGAAGCAUGUUGGAUCAGAUCACCAAAAAUUACAGCGAACUGCAAGGUCAACUGGUCAUGGCAAUGCAAAAGCAGGCGCAGCAGAAUCGCCAAGAACAGAAGGUUGAACCAAAUGGAAUGACAAGGCACGUAGCGGUAGCGUCGGCCCAACAGUUUAUAGACCCACGACCAUCAGCUGCAUUAGAUGUCAAUAAUCCAUCCGUUUCUGAUGAAAAGACACAAGAAGUGUCGGUGUCUUUGUCAAAUACUAUGGAGGUGAUGUCCAAGGAACGUAACGGUCGUGAUCAUCCAGCUGGGAAGCAGACUUGUACUCAUGAAGAUGGUGUUGAUGAUCAGUCGUUUCAGAACUUGGGGUCGACUAAAAGUCCCACCAAGCUAGAUGAAAGCAGCAAUGACGAAGAACAGGUUCCUGAGCUGGCACCGUUUAGGAAGGCGAGGGUGUCCGUACGAGCCAGAUCAGAAGCUCCUUUGAUUGGUGAUGGCUGUCAAUGGAGGAAAUAUGGUCAAAAAAUGGCCAAGGGUAACCCUUGUCCACGCGCCUACUAUCGCUGCACUAUGGCUGUCGGAUGCCCAGUUCGUAAACAGGUGCAAAGAUGCGUGGAGGAUAAGAGCAUUCUGACAACAACUUAUGAAGGUAAUCACAAUCACCCUCUCCCUCCAGCGGCGACAGCAAUGGCAAAUACAACAGCAGCAGCAGCAGCCAUGCUCCUGUCAGGUUCAACCACUAGCAAAGAUGCCCUAGCAAAUGCAGGCUUCUUCCCAUCUAUGGUGCCCUAUGCGUCCACCAUGGCAACCCUAUCAGCCUCUGCACCAUUUCCCACCAUCACCCUCGACUUGACACAGACCCCCAAUAUGCCGCCCUUCCACCGUAUCACACCUUCCUCGGCAACAAUAUUCCCUCUCCAGCCUCUGCAUGGUUUUCAACACCUCCUUGGGCAUCCUGUCUACUACCCACCUUCUAAGCCGCCAGCACUUGAUCAACUAGCCCAACACCAGACUUCCAUGGUCCACACACUUACUGCAGCCAUUGCUGCCGACCCAAACUUCACUGCAGCCCUAGCCGCAGCCGUCUCAUCAAUUUUAGGAACACCCGGCCGGAGCAAUGACGCUGCAACUACAAAUAAUCCCGGAUUGCCUGGAUCCCCACAGCUUCCUCAAUCCUGCACCACAUUUUCCACCAACUAAUUAUAAUUAACCAUUCAUGCAUGUUUGUAGGUUAAAUUGAUAUAUGGCAACUAGCUAGCUAGCUAGUUUGAUCUUGCAUGUUGUACAGGAAGAUCAUGAGAUCAUUUCAACGUUAUUAUGAUGAGGUUGCAUGUUGUACAGGAAGAUUAUGAGAUCAUUUCAACGUUA